AUGGAUUUUUUUGCUGAUGGUGGUUUUCAACAAUUAUUUUGUGAUUUAAAUGAGCAAAUAGAUUUAGAUUAUAAUUCCUGGCACUAUGCUCAACCCGACAAUCAAGUCUCACCUCCAUAUGAAAGUGAAAAUACAAAUAAUUAUUUGCUAAAACCCUGUGAAGAAAGUGAAAAAUAUGCUUCACCAGUAAUGGCUUUAAAUGAAAAACAAUUGCAGUCUAGUUUGGAUUAUUUACUUCAGAAUUCCUGUGAAUCUUUGGAGGAUUAUGAUGCAGCCUCCUUAACUAGUCUAUCCCGAGAUUUGGCUGACUGGGAGGAGAAGUUUCUGGAUAAUUAUAUAGAAAUUCCAGAGCUUGUGGAUUUUUUGCCUGAAAAGACUCCCCUCUGCACCGACAACUGCAAACAUUUCCUGCAAGAAAGUGCUGAAAAACUUAAGCUGUUACCCUCUAGCCCCAACUCACCUGGCUCUGCAGAAAAAUCUUAUAUUUGCACCUAUGGAGACUGUGGCAAAAUUUAUGCCAAACCAGCCCAUUUAAAGGCCCAUCUGAGGCGCCAUUUGGGUGAGAAACCUUAUGUUUGCAAUUGGACCAAUUGCACCUGGAGAUUUUCAAGAUCCGAUGAAUUGGCCAGACAUCGUCGCUCUCAUUCGGGUGUUAAGCCAUACAAAUGUGAUUUUUGUGCCAAAUGUUUUGCCAGAUCCGAUCAUUUAACCAAACACCGCAAGGUACAUGAAAGACGUCUGUUGGCGGCCAGUAAAGCGGGUAAAACUAUGGAGAAUGGUGAGCUGCCGGCUUCAGUUUUGACCGUGAGACCGGGUAGAAAAAGAAAAAAUCAAUUGUAGUUAUAAAUUGCUAAAAAAAAAUAUUCUAGGGAAAUUUAAUU